UCUAGUUAUGCGCUUCUCAAUUACCCACUCUGGUUCGAGGAUCUCCAAUUGGAUUUCAACGAUCAAAGACGCAUCAUCCAGCGGAAAAUGGCUAGAAAUUCUCCAACUUUACCACGACAUUAGAAUCUCUGGAGCUCAUUUGACAGACCCUUCAGUGUUCCCUUCGAUUCUCAAGGCCUGUUCAAAUCUCUCUUUCAAACUUGGAACCGCUAUGCACGGAUGCCUGAUCAAACAGGGGUACGAAUCUUCCACUUCCAUCGCUAAUUCCACCAUUGACUUGUAUAUGAAGUGGGGUGAAUUAGUUUCUGCUCAGCGCGCAUUUGAUUCUCUGAAGAACAAAGAUUCAGUAUCUUGGAACGUGAUGGUUCAUGGGAAUUUCUCGAACAGGAGCGCAGAGGCAGGUCUGUGGUGGUUUAUGAAGGGUAGAUUUUCCCAUUUUCAGCCCAAUGUUUCUUCGUUGGUACUUGUACUUCUCGCAUUUCGUGAUCUUAAAUCAUACAGGGAAGGUUUUGCGCUUCAUGGUUAUGCAAUUCGCUGUGGAUUUUGUGCCAUUAUUUCGGUUCAAAACUCUCUGUUGAGCUUGUAUGCUGAAGUUAAUAUGUGUUCUGCCCACAAGAUGUUUGAUGAAAUGUCCUAUAGAAACGAUGUCGUUUCCUGGAGUGUGAUGAUAGGAGGUUUCGUACAAAUUGGGGAAGAUGAACGUGGGUUGGAGAUGUUUCGGAAUAUGGUAACAGAGGCUGGCAUUACACCAGAUGGGGUAACUGUUGUAAGUGUUCUUAAAGCUUGCACCAACUUGAGAGAUAUUUCACUUGGAAGAAUGGUUCAUGGGUUUGCGAUUUGUAGAGGCUGGGAGGAUGAUUUGUUUGUUGGGAACUCCUUGAUAGACAUGUAUUCCAAGUGUUGUGAUGCUGUUUCUGCCUUUAAAAUUUUCAAGGAGAUGCCGGAAAGGAACAUCGUCUCAUGGAAUUCAAUGUUGUCGACGUAUGUCCUCAAUGAGAAGCAUUUGGAAGCUGUGGCAUUGCUUGGGACAAUGGUGGAAGAAGGGGUUGAGAAAGAUGAGGUGACUUUUGUAAAUGUUCUUCAGAUAGUUGAGCAUUUUCUUGACCCAUUGCAAUGCAAGUCUGUCCACGGCAUGAUUAUCCGACGGGGGUGGGAAUCAAACGGAUCACUGGUGAAUUCAGUGAUCGAUGCUUAUGCAAAAUGCAAUCUGGUUGAGCUUGCAGGUACACUUUUUGAUGGGAUGAAGGAGAAGGAUGUUGUUGCUUGGAGCACUAUGAUUGCAGGGUUCGUCCACUGUGGCCAGCCUGACCAAGCGAUAUCGGUCUUCAAGCAAAUGAACAAAGAGGUGAAACCGAAUGAGGUUUCAAUUAUGAAUCUUAUGGAGGCCUGUGCUGUCUCUGCUGAAUUGAGACGAUCGAAAUGGGCUCACGGUAUAGCGGUUAGGAGAGGUUUGGCUGGUGAUGUAGCUGUUGGAACUGCCAUUAUUGACAUGUACUCAAAAUGUGGAGAUAUAGAAGCCUCCAUCCGAGCCUUCAACCAAAUCCCAGAAAAAAACGUCGUGUGUUGGAGUGCUAUGAUAUCUGCAUACGGCAUCAACGGUCUCGCACAUGAAUCAUUAGUCUCGCUCGAGAAAAUGAAACAAAAUGGCAUGAAGCCAAAUGCUGUAACAACGCUGUCAUUGUUAUCUGCUUGUAGCCAUGGAGGAUUACUAGAAGAAGGCCUCUCUUUCUUCACAUCCAUGGAGAAGGAACAUGGAGUAGAGCCUGGUUUGGAACACUACUCGUGCGCCAUCGACAUGCUAGCCCGAGCGGGGAAAUUCAACGAUGCUUUAGAAUUGAUUGAGAGGAUGCCUGGACAAAUGGAAGCAGGUGCAAGCAUUUGGGGGACACUCUUGAGCUCUUGUAGGAGCUAUGGAAACGUUGUGCUUGGCUCAGGAGCAGCCUCUCACAUUCUUCGACUGGAACCUUCGAGCUCGGCUGGCUACAUGCUGGCAUCGAACUUGUAUGCGAACUGCGGUCUAAUGACCGAAUCUGCAAGAAUGAGAAGGCUGGCGAAAGAGAGAGGAGUGAAGGUUGUUGCUGGAUAUAGUUUGGUGCAUAUAAAUUCAGAGACUUGGAGAUUUGUUGCUGGAGAUGAGCUCCACCCAAGAGCUUAUGAGAUCUAUUUAAUGGUGGAUCAAUUGCACAGUGUAAUGAAGAUUGAUUAUUUGAAAGUUUUAGAUCCACUUCUCAAUAUUGAUGAAUCUAAGAGUGAUCAAACAACACAACAAUUUCAGAAAUUAAAGGGUUAA